AUGGAAGACGACAGCAACAACGUACCAGCUUCAGCGACAUCGCCAUCGCCAUCCUCAUCUUCAGCAUCGAUUGUGCGCAACAACAAGACGAUCGGUACACCACUGAACCCUGAUGACGCUACCCGUAUGCUGAACGAAGAAUACAUUACACGUCUCACGGACGAUGCCAUUCGCAAGCUGGCUGCCUACACACGCAAUGAGUUACAAACUACAACGGAAGAGUGCCAGUUGUUGGAAGCCAUGAACAAGACGACCAAGGAGAAGUAUGCUCAAAUGUCACAAAUGAGCCAGAGGCUGAUGGAUGAAAUGACAAGGCUUCAAGGGACAUACUCGGAUUUUGCAACAUUUAUGGCACAAGUUGACGACAUUCAUCAACAAGCUGUGGAAAUUGAAAAGGUGGCCCAUGCACUCGAUGAAUAUUCAAGGCAUUUAGAAACCAAGCUGGCGAAAAAGACCAAUACCAUGGCAACGACGACAACGAGAAGAGGCACCUCAUCUUGA